GCUGCAGUACUCACCUUGCCAGCAGGGGGCGACGUUGUGCCGUGCUAAACCCAGCAAGAAGCGCACAGCGUGGACCGUCGCCUGGCAACUGCUUGAACUAAGAGUUGGCUGAGCUUGCCAAAACACGUUCUUUCACUUAUUUGAAACAUUUUGAAACGUUUAGUUGUUGUCUUGUCAAUAUUUCCCGUUAAACAGCACAGCCAUGCCUCCUCCAGAGACGAUGUUCUGUUCCCAGCAAAUCAACAUCCCGACGGGACUGCCAGAAGUUCUCAAGAACUUCACUAAAGCAGCCAUCCGAACUCAGCCCAAAGACCUGCUGGUGUGGUCUGCAGCCUAUUUCGAAGCACUGGCUAAAGGUGAGACUCUGCCAGUCAAGGAGAGGCUCGAGAUGAAUUUUGGCAACCAGAAUAAUGAUGCUAUGCUGACUCCAGGUCUGCUAAAGACUCUCCACAAACAGCUGUCCUCAGCGGAAACAUGCAACAGAGAAGAAUUGCAGGACAAAUGGAAGGCGUUGUGUCUGCCCCUGGAACAGCUUGAGAACAUGUUGAUACUGGGCAACUUCGGCAUCGUCAUCAGCUGCAUGGAGUUUUUUGCUCUGGGGUGCAGUGCUCUGGGAGAUUCUCUCAAGACCUCCCUCAAGGUUGCGUGUGAGAUCCUGACAGAGGAUGAAGAGGGGGGUGCCGCGAGGAUCCCCUUUGAGAUAUUUUCAUUGGUGUGCACCUAUCUGGCUAGCCUGGACUCAGAAAUGCCGCAGGGCCACAUCGACAGCUUCCUCGCUAGCUUGGAGCCACAAGUAAAACUACAGCACGGAAUGAUCAAACCCCUCGACUUCAUCCAUCGGGAGGAUAUGAAGCCGCCCUGUGACUCAUCGGACUAAAGUUGAGCAGAACACUGUCAUGACUUUUGAGUGUGUAUUAUGGAAACACCUCCCACUAUAAAAUGAAUGUCUAGUUAGACAAAAAUAUAUAUAUAUUCAAUUGUCGCACUGUGAUUAGUAGCUGUCAGUCAAGCACAACAAGUCCUUUGUCAACCAAUUGUAUCCAGUCUAAUAUUUUUAAUGGACUGAUGUCGCCACCCUGGCAUAUUAGAUGCUGACUUAAUCAACGUGACAACACCAUAACAACUCAUUCAAAAGUUAAUUGCUUAUUUCCAUGACUUCAAUAACUCUAUUGAGCUGGUGACAUGAUAUCUAUCUACACAAAGGUUUGUGUGUUUGCACGUGUGCAUUAAUGUCUCUCCGUCGUCCAGGUUUAAGAAAAUGCUUACGAUAAAUGAAGCUAUUUCUAACAGCUGUAUUUGGAAAUUGCUUUGACACACAUGAACAAACAAAAUAAUAAAAGCAAUCAAGGGUCA